AUGGCACCCUACGUGGAGGAGCCUAAUGACCAGGCGUCCCUUGCGCCUGCCAAGCGACAACCCGAUCUGGUGGCCCCAGAGCCAGAACACUGCCCUGGCCCCGAGUCCGAGAAAGCCGGCCAGGGUGAUGCCUGUGCUGGCUGCCCAAACCAACAAAUCUGUGCCUCCGCGCCCAAAGGCCCCGACCCCGAUAUCGCGAUCAUCACUGAGCGACUCUCUCAGAUCCGACACAAGAUCCUCGUCCUCUCCGGUAAAGGCGGAGUAGGCAAAUCCACCUUCUCAACCCUGUUAUCACACGCCUUCGCCGCAAACCCAGAUUCCACUGUGGGAAUCAUGGAUACCGAUAUUUGCGGGCCGUCGAUCCCCAAGAUGAUGGGCGUGGAAGCAGAGACGAUCCACAUCAGCAAUGCGGGCUGGAGUCCAGUCUGGGUGACGGAUAACCUGGGUGCCAUGAGCGUGCAGUUCAUGCUGCCGAACCGCGAUGAUGCGGUUAUCUGGCGCGGUCCCAAGAAGAACGGACUUAUUAAGCAGUUCCUCAAGGAUGUGGACUGGGGCGAGCUAGACUACCUUAUCGUGGAUACUCCCCCGGGAACCUCAGACGAGCAUCUAUCGGUCAAUUCUCUGCUGAAGGAAUCCGGCGUCGAUGGUGCCGUCGUCGUCACUACCCCGCAGGAAGUCUCUUUGCUGGAUGUGCGCAAAGAAAUCGACUUUUGUCGCAAGGCAGGCAUCCGUAUCCUCGGUCUUGUCGAGAAUAUGUCCGGGUUUGUCUGUCCCAGCUGUACACACGAAUCGCAGAUCUUCCGCGCAACAACGGGUGGAGGCCGCCGGUUGGCGAAAAAGAUGGGUAUUCCGUUCCUGGGGGCUGUGCCUCUGGACCCUCGCGUCGGAAUGGCAUGUGACUACGGUGAGAGCUUUGUGGAGAAUUUCCCUGAUAGCCCCGCGUCCAAGGCCAUUAAGCGUGUAGUUCGGGCGGUCGGAGAGGCAAUCGGGGAGAACCCGGAUGAUGUUCUUCCGGAGCUUUAG